AUGGCGCCCACUGUUGAUGAGGACGAACUCACAGUAGAGGAAGUGUGGGCAUACACAGCUACCAUUGGAGACUUUGUAGACUCGCUGGUAACAUUCGCACUGGAAACGGCUAGCGGUGAAGCAGCAAAAAGGUGCAAGGUCGCAAUGGCCGAGGCAAACUUGCGUGCCAAGAACGGACUCUGGACUUUUGCAGGAUGUAUGCGGUCUAUCAGUAGUCAGUGGAUGCUUGCCUGGAAACAAGAUAAGAAUGAAUGUGAAAUUCGUUUUAAAACGCGGAGGUGGCAGCAAAAAUCAGUUAUACGUAUAAAAAAAAUGUUGAAACAUACUUAUCUGUUGGAAAAUGACCUCAAUCCGGAUCAAAAUGGCAAAGGGGGCCCCAGAUGA